AUGGCAGUGACAAUGCUGCGGGACUGGUGCAGGUGGAUGGGCGUCAGCGCUCGCAGAGGCCUGCUCAUCCUGGGCAUCCCGGAGAAAUGCGAAGAAGCCGAAUUCCAGGAGUCCCUGUAAGCUGCCCUGCGGCCUGUGUGGCGCCUCCCAGCCCCGGGGAGGGGAGGGGAGGGGCAAUCCUUUGAGGCCUGGCUAGACCACACAACAGACAUGCUGCAGCUCCCGCAGGAGGUCUCAGAAAGAGAGAAGAGGCGACGACAGCUGGUGAAAGGGCUGCGUGGGAUCGCCCUGCAGCUGAUCCGUGGGCUGCUGUGGGAGAAUCCCACCAGGAUGGCCCAGGACUGCCUGGCUGCCCUGAUCCAGGUGUUGGAGACUGAGUCCCAGGCCACCAUCCGGGCGAAGUGUCUGACAGCCCAGCACCAGCCUGGCGAAGCACUCUGAGCUUUUGUGCUGCAGCUGGAAGUCCUGCUGCAGAGAGCCACUGAGAAGUGGGCCCUAGCCAGAGCCUCCACCGACCAGGUGCACCUCAGGCAGGUGCUCACCAGGGCCAACCUCAUGGAACCUCUGGAUGAAAUGCUAAGGAGGUUCAGGGCCAUCAGGAGGCCACCGAGCUUCCUGGAGAUGCUGAGGUUCAUUCGAGAGUCUGAACCGUGGGAGGCCGAGGUGGCCAGGAGCAAGAGAGCCUCUGUACAGGAAGGAGCUGGUGUCCCAACCCAGGCUGAGACAGAGAAGGUGGAGGCUGAGGCUGAAGAGUGGCAGGUGGAGGGGCAGCUGGAGGAGGAGGAUCACAAAGACAAUGAGCCUAUGCCUACCCCUGGGGGCCCAAGUCACGCAGAACGCUCUGAGGCCCCUGGGUGCCCCACCUCAGCCCACAUGAACCAUAUUUCUGCGGCAAGCCAAGGAGGCCCAGGCUGGGAGCCAGAGAGCCCUGGCCAGGCAGGAGACCAGGAGGCCGAGGAGCCUGCCCAGGAGGAGCCUUCCCAGGAGGGGCUCCAGUCUGCCUGGGAGCAGUCGGGAAAUGAGAACAGAGUUGGGGAGGUGAGCCCUCCUGGGUCCUCGCGGGGCAAAUAG